AUGUCGUCUGGUUUGAAAGUAAAGGAAUCAGUAUGGUGUAGAAGUGAAAGUGAAGAAGUGGAACCGGUGGUGUCAUUUGCCGAAAUAAUGAGCGAAGAAUUGGCUGAACAACUUGAGGAAGAAGAUGCAAACGGUCUCGAUCCGUCCAUAGCACAAUACGGAUUAAGCCCCAGUGAAUUGGCACAAUGCAAGAGUGAUCUAGAGCUUGCUAGAAAAUUGCAGGAAGAAUUUGAUCGGGAAUAUGAAAUGAGUUUAAAAUCGGCAGAAGGAAAAGAAAUCGAGACAAAGAUUGAAUUCGGGUUUGAGCGUUACCGUCCUUCUUACGACAGUGAUUAUGAUUUGGAGGAGGAAUUGAGUGAAGACGAUGAGGAUUUACGAGAAGUCGCUAUUGAUCUUCUUUACUCAAGGCCAAAAGAUGAGUUUCCGUCGAGCGGCUACAUACGUGACGCUUCGGGACAUUUAAUAACAAAACAUGAUAAAGAAAUUGCUGAGAGACGUAAUUCCGAAAAAGUGAUGCACUUUCCUAUUGAUAUUCCCACUGGCGAUGUAGUUGGUGAAAAGCUGAGUAACAGAGUUUAUAAUAAACUACGUAAUUAUUGCAAAACUGAACAGAGAAGGAAUGUUCGCGUGAAGGAUAAGGAUGAAAAAGCAAUAAAUGAAUUAAGCUUGGACAGGGUCACUCGCUUGAUAAUCUAUAGAUUUAUCACUACUGGUCUUUUCGAUAUAAUCGAGAAUGUUAUUGCAACGGGCAAGGAAUCGGUAGUUUUGCAUGCAACAGCACAUGCCGAUGGAGUGCGACUUUUGGAAGAAAGACAUUGUGCUUUGAAAGUUUACAAAAUGACAUUGUCGGAGUUCAAGAAUAGAUCAGAAUAUGUCCAAGAUGAUUAUCGUUUCAAAAAUCCACGACGAGUGUUGCGGGUUUGGGCCGAGAAGGAGUAUACAAAUUUGAAUCGGCAUGUUUCAUUCAUCGUUGUUGAUUGUUUAAAGCUUCUAGAUGAAUUAAGUCCUCCAUGA